AUGUCAACUAAUGUGGUAUCAGUUAAUGAAAUCGAUCUAAUAGAUCGAUGCAUAUCAAUACUAAAGAAUGGUGGUGUUAUUGCUGUACCAACAGAUACAAUUUAUGGUCUUGCUGCAUUAGUUCAUAGUGAACAAGCUAUUCAUCGAAUAUAUGAAAUGAAAGGUCGAUCAUUUACUAAACCAUUAGCAAUGGCUGUCGGUAAUAUUGAUGAUGUAUUUACUUGGUCAAAACCGACUUUAAGUAAAGAGCAACUCGCCAGUGAAAAUCUUCUUCCAGGUCCCGUAACACUUAUGUUUGAAAGACAAUCAUCAUUACCUUCAUAUUUCAAUCCAAAUGUGACUAAUAUAGCUAUUCGUAUACCAGAUUGUCAAUUUAUGAUUGAUUUAGCACAACGUUUAAAACAACCUAUUGCAUUAACUAGUGCUAAUAUUUCCAAUGAACCAAGUUCAGUUUGUAUCGAAGAAUUUAAAUCAUUAUGGUCACAAGUUGAUUUAGUUGUUGAUGCUGGUCUAUUAGCAUCCAAUGAUCGACGUGGAUCAACUAUUGUUGAUUUAUCACGAAAAGGAUAUUUUCAAGUACAACGUCAAGGAAUUGGUUAUGAACGGAUUGUACGAUAUUUACAAGAAGAGUGUCAUUUACAAGAAUAA